GCCGAGACGCGGGGAGUCGCGUUCCGCGCUGCAGGAUAACCGCGGCGGGCCCGGCCUCGGAGCUGCGAGCGGCCCGCGGCGCGCGGCUUCCUCCUCCCGGAGCUGGGUCCGGCGCUGCAGCCUCCGCGGCGCCGGGUUUGUGCGGAACCGCGUCCUCGCCGUGGACGAGAGACGCAGCCAGUGUCUGGAGCGUGGGAGCCGCCCGCAGAUUCCUGCCUCCCCCGGCUCUGCUACCAGCCCUGCUCUCCUUGUACUGAUGAAUACUUUAAGGGCCUGUCACCCGGGUGGCGCUGUUCGCUGCCUGUACGGAGUCGUGAAAAUUCCGUGAGAGGAUAAAGCUUCUCACAGAUGAGCAUCUGGUGAGGAACACAAAAUCAUCGACAUGGCUUUCCUUUGCUCAGAAACCAUUACUGGGAAGUGAGCCCUUGUUAUACUUGAAGCAGAUUUUCACUGAAUGGACCUAACUGGACUCUCUGAGAUCAUCAAUAAACAUGAGCGGUACCAAACCUGAUAUAUUGUGGGCACCACACCAGGUUGAUAGAUUUGUUGUAUGUGACUCCGAACUUAGUCUUUACCAUGUGGAAUCUACUGUGAAUUCAGAACUCAAAGCUGGAUCUCUACGUUUAUCUGAAGACUCUGCAGCUACAUUACUAUCAAUAAAUUCAGAAACCCCAUACAUGAAAUGUGUUGCCUGGUAUCUCAGUUAUGAUCCUGAAUGUCUCCUAGCAGUUGGACAAGCAAAUGGUCGAGUCGUACUGACAAGUCUUGGUCAAGAUCAUAACUCAAAGUUCAGAGAUUUGAUAGGAAAAGAAUUUGUUCCAAAACAUGCACGGCAAUGCAAUACCCUUGCAUGGAAUCCACUGGAUAGUAACUGGCUUGCUGCUGGUCUAGAUAAACAUAGAGCUGACUUUUCAGUGCUGAUUUGGGAUAUCUGCAGCAAAUAUACCCCUGAUAUAGUUCCCAUGGAGAAAGUAAGACUCUCUGUAGGUGAAACUGAAACAUCAUUAUUAGUAACAAAACCACUAUAUGAAUUAGGACAGAAUGAUGCUUGUCUCUCUCUUUGUUGGCUUCCACGAGACCAGAAACUUCUGCUUGCUGGUAUGCAUCGUAACCUGGCCAUUUUUGAUCUUCGGAAUACAAGUCAGAAGAUGUUUGUGAAUACGAAAGCUGUUCAGGGUGUGACAGUAGACCCAUACUUCCAUGAUCGUGUUGCUUCCUUCUAUGAAGGUCAGGUGGCAAUAUGGGAUCUUAGGAAAUUUGAGAAGCCAGUUUUGACUUUGACUGAGCAACCAAAGCCCUUAACAAAAGUAGCCUGGUGUCCAACUAGAACUGGUCUGCUUGCCACUUUAACAAGGGAUAGUAAUAUUAUUAGAUUAUAUGAUAUGCAGCACACACCCACUCCCAUUGGUGAUGAAACUGAACCCACAAUAAUUGAAAGAAGUGUGCAACCUUGUGACAAUUACAUUGCUUCCUUUGCUUGGCAUCCGACGAGUCAAAAUCGAAUGAUAGUUGUAACUCCUAACCGGACAAUGUCUGACUUCACUGUGUUUGAAAGGAUCUCUCUUGCCUGGAGCCCAAUUACAUCUUUGAUGUGGGCUUGUGGUCGUCAUUUGUAUGAAUGUGCAGAAGAAGAAAAUGAUAAUUCUUUAGAAAAAGAUAUAGCAACAAAGAUGCGCCUUCGGGCUUUAUCAAGGUAUGGGCUUGAUACAGAGCAGGUGUGGAGAAAUCAUAUUUUAGCUGGAAAUGAGGAUCCUCAGCUCAAGUCACUCUGGUACACUCUGCACUUUAUGAAGCAGUAUACGGAAGAUAUGGACCAGAAAUCUCCAGGCAACAAAGGAUCAUUGGUUUAUGCAGGAAUUAAAUCAAUUGUAAAAUCAUCUUUGGGAAUGGUGGAAAGCAGCAGACAUAAUUGGAGUGGGCUGGAUAAGCAAAGUGAUAUUCAGAAUUUAAAUGAAGAGAGAAUCCUAGCUUUACAGCUUUGUGGGUGGAUAAAGAAAGGGACGGAUGUGGAUGUGGGCCCAUUUUUGAACUCCCUUGUACAAGAAGGCGAAUGGGAGAGAGCAGCUGCUGUGGCAUUGUUCAACCUGGACAUUCGGCGCGCCAUCCAGAUCCUGAAUGAAGGGGCGUCUUCAGGAAAAGGCGAUCUGAAUCUUAAUGUGGUAGCAAUGGCUUUAUCGGGUUAUACGGAUGAGAAGAACUCCCUUUGGAGGGAAAUGUGCAGCACUUUACGAUUACAGUUAAACAACCCGUAUCUGUGCGUCAUGUUCGCAUUUCUGACAAGUGAAGCAGGAUCUUACGACGGAGUAUUGUAUGAAAACAAGGUUGCCGUACGUGACAGAGUGGCAUUUGCUUGUAAAUUCCUUAGUGAUAGUCAGUUAAAUAGGUACAUCGAAAAGUUGACCAAUGAAAUGAAAGAUGCUGGAAAUUUGGAAGGAAUACUGCUUACAGGCCUCACUAAAGAUGGAGUGGACUUAAUGGAGAGUUAUGUCGACAGAACUGGAGAUGUCCAAACAGCAAGUUACUGCAUGUUACAGGGUUCUCCUUUAGAUGUUCUUAAAGAUGAAAGAGUUCAGUACUGGAUUGAGAAUUAUAGAAAUUUGUUAGAUGCCUGGAGGUUUUGGCACAAACGAGCUGAAUUUGAUAUUCACAGGAGUAAGUUGGAUCCCAGUUCUAAGCCUUUAGCACAGGUGUUUGUGAGCUGCAAUUUUUGCGGAAAGUCCAUCUCCUACAGCUGCUCCACUGUUCCCCACCAGGGCCGAGGUUUCAGCCAGUAUGGUGUCAGUGGCUCACCAACGAAAUCUAAAGUGACAAGUUGCCCCGGCUGUCGAAAGCCCCUCCCUCGCUGCGCACUUUGCCUCAUUAAUAUGGGAACGCCUGUCUCCAGUUGUCCUGGAGGAUCCAAAUCAGAUGAAAAAGUAGACUUGAGCAAGGACAAAAAAUUAGCUCAGUUUAACAACUGGUUUACAUGGUGUCACAAUUGCAGGCACGGUGGACAUGCUGGACACAUGCUCAGCUGGUUCAGGGAUCACACCGAGUGUCCCGUGUCUGCAUGCACGUGUAAAUGUAUGCAGUUGGACACAACAGGGAAUCUGGUACCCGCAGAGACUGUCCAGCCAUAAAAUGCUGUCACCUGAAGAGGCACCUUCAAGUGCAGAGCUCCCUAACAGAGGUCCUUCGUAGCUCAGAAGCGUACCUCAGAACAAGCCACUCAUGACUUUCCUAUAAUGGGAAAAUAAAUCAUUCUAUCAAAUCAGCAA